AUGCCUGCACCGACCAAUCUCCCCGGUCCGCAGUCUGCAGUGGACGGGCUGCAGGUUCUUCGCAACGCCGUCGUUGUUGUACGGCGGCGGCGCACCACUGCAGUGGCGGGUGGUCCACUUGCACGUCGUCCACGUCCGGAGCCUACGCUACCACAUGCUACUGCUGUAGUGAUUGCGCGUGCUUAUUGCGCAUCCCACCCCCAAUGCCCAUCCCAUGCCUCUAAAUCUGGCGCUGGCACGUAUUGGACUGCCACAUACGAGACGCUAAGCAAGAGGCGCGAUCAUAAACCAUGGCGGAAAGCAACAACCUUUCUUGGCUCGGGCCAGCAGGAGGUUACGACCAAAGUUCCUGCCGGCCGUGGGAGGGGCUGGAGCCCAGCCCAGCCCAGCUUCCAUGUCGUGAGGCUGACUGCCGCUGCCGCUGACAAAAUUACAAAAUUGUCCGGCUUUGCGGCCACACCCACACGUUGCCCUGUGAACCUGCCCUGCGGCCUGCGGUGCUGUACGCUUGAUGCCUUUGCCUUCCAAUUCACGACUGUCCUCGCCCGGGACCGCCGCAUCAGCUUCCGUCACCCGUUUCCGUUGUUGCGUCGUUUUUCCCCAUGGCCCUUGGGCGCCUACGCCGCGCAUGCCAUUGGCCAGCCAGUGCUGCUUUAUCUCCGUCGGACACUGGACACUCCUUGCGCGCAGCAGUGGGCGCAGUGGAGAAGCCCCCACCCCUCCUCGCCUCUCCUCACUGCCUGCCUACCUCCUACCUAG